AUUUGAAGCGGGGUUUUAAAACUUCUCGUUACCAGUUAUGUACGCCUGUGAGCUUUGUGGUCUUUCGUUUAAAACAGAACAGGAAAGUUACGAACAUGAUAUUAGUGAAAAACACCACAAAAAGUUUGAGGAAAAUGAAUUCAAUAAUGGACGGCAACCGUCUCAUUUUUGUUCUAUAUGCCAUUGUGGAAAAAUACAAGGCUUUAAGUGCUGGAUCAACCACACUAAGAGCUCUCGUCAUAAAACGAACUUAAAAUCUUUCUAUGAAUUUUAUGGAAUUUACCCCCAAACUGGUUUGUCACAAGAACCAUUUCAGUCUGGCUGCGAACCUAAAACAUGUCAGAAAUCUGACGCAGUCAGCAACGGUCUUCGUACACGCAAUGGGAAACGUUCGUCUGAUACCUUCCAAUCAUCACAUAACAAGUGUAAUCGCAAUAUUUCUUCUACUCCGUUAUCUAAGAAACCAAGAAUUUCAAAUACUUCUGAUGUUCAUGAAGGUGGAAUGAUGCUAAACAUUUUAGAAACUAUUGAUAAAGAUUCAGUAAAUACACGUAAACAUCAAAAUGUAUCAAAGCGGUUAACUAAUGAGUUACGCUGUAAAGUAAGUAAGUCUACUAGUUCAAACCGUUGUGAUUCUAAGAAAACAAAAUCUGAACGGGAGACUUAUUCCCCUGUUUACCCCAAAAUAGUUACGUGCCCACCAACUUCUCUAAAACCAACUACAAUUCAGCCUGUAAACGACAACACAAAGAAAUGUGAAGAACUCCAGUGUAUGGAGAAAGCUUUAUUAAUUUCCCAAGAACUUCAAUCACUUAAAAUCAAACAAGAUGAACUGGAGGAAAAAUUACAGACUGUUGAAACUGAGUUAAAUUUGGUCAAAGCUAAAAGGCGUGAGUUGAAACAAGAACGAUCCAAUCUACUACGAGGACUUAAUCAUUCCGACUCUGAUAUUGAGAGUCACACGAACACUUCUCGUUCUGAGCCAACAGAUAACCGACAAAAUGUCUCCUUACCGAUUCAAAAAUCGCAUGUAAAAGUUAUUGCUUCUAUAGCUCCUUUGGAUACACCUGAUGUUGAAACAUCGCAUCCUACUCAUUUUAUAACCAAUCCAAAAGCAAUAAAUAAGCAGCGAAUUGGUAUGCCUUCAAGUUUAUCGUCCGAUGUAACAAGCAAUCAACAACCAGAAUUAAACCAGUCUAAAAGUGUUAUCACAUCCUCGCCGUCAGUCCCUGAAAUUACUUCUAACGUUCCUACAGCCUCCUGUGUUCCUCAAGGUCAUACCUCUACAGCUCCACAAAAUACAGUAUCUGAUCCAUUUAAUCCAAUACCUACCAGUUCAAAUUCUAAUGGUGUUGAUUUAGAGCGUUUAGCUUUAAUACGUCAAGCUCUUCAGUCUCCAAACAGCUGGCAGUUUACUUUUGAUGAAGUUGAUCAAAUGUUAAAGCAAGCAGCAGCUAAGGCUUCCACUAAAACAGUUAAUAAAAAUGUUGGAUCGUUAGGACACCCAUCUCAAACAAGACUUACUGCAGAUUUACCAAUGACAGUCGAAGAUAAAAUCACAUCUCCACCUAUAAAAGGUGAGCCAGUCAUUUACCCAACAGCAAAGAUUAAAGAGCAAUCAAUAGAUACAAAUGAAAAAAGUCGCACUGUCACAUUCGAUUCAUCUAAAACUAUCUGCCAUCAAAGCUUACCACUCGAACCCUCUGUUCUUCGCAUUUCACCUCCUAAACAAGUGGAUAAAUCAUAUAUCUCUUCCUGUUCGACGUCAUCAUCAUCAGAUGAUGACGACAGUCAUGAAAAAAUGUGUAAUGACAAGAAAAUUUCAUUGCCUUUUAGAGCUAAAGUUGAAACUGACACGAGUUACCCUCUUUUGAAAUCGGAAUCCAAAUCUUCGGGCACAUUACCCAAUAAGGGUAAUAUUAAAAUAGGUGAAUUUCAUGCUUUUGGUGGCUGCGCUACUGCUGUGAUUGAUAUGGCUAUAAACCCGGUUACAAAUGUGGCUUAUAUUGGAGGACAGAACGGUACUAUUGUCGAAUGUGACCUUAAAACUCAUCACUGUAUAUCUAAACUUCCACCUAGAGAUGCUAGCAUUACGAAAUUGUGUUUAGAUCCUAAUGGUGAAUCCAUUUAUGUUGGCUAUUAUGACCAUUAUUUUGGUGAAUACAGCUUACAAACCAGUUUGCUGGUACAUAAAAAUAUUUUUUCUAGUCGUAUCGCGGCACUAGCAGUUACCCGAUUACCUGAAGUUCCAUUUAUAUUUUUGGGCCUCUUUAACGGUGAUAUAUUGCGUUAUAAUCCUGGGACACAUGCAAUCGGUUUUCUAUGCCGACACACUACUGGUUGCUACCAAUCUGAUUUUGCAAAUGAUAAAACGAAAAAUUGUUUCAAACAGAAAGCACAAACUUUGGACUCAAAUGAAUCGGCUGGUAUCACUUCACUGUGUCUUGUUCAAUCAGGAACCUCUUUACUGCUAAUUGUUGCUGGUUUAGACCGAUCUAUUUCCAUCCGCUCAGCCAGCGAUGGUACAUUAGUGUUUUGCAUCCAGAGUUCUGUCCAAAAGGGACCACCACAAGAUAUAUCAUGUUUACCCAAAGGCUCAUUUUUCUCAUCCUAUUCUGAUCGUUCCAUUCGCAUUUAUAAUUGGAAGACUGGAUCUUCCGAAUUAACCUUCCAUGUUCAUAAAAUAACUAGUUCUUGUGUAAUGCAACGCUAUAUUGCUGUAGGUGAUUCAGAAGGCGCAGUUCGUGUUUACAGAUUUCAAUCAAAUGGAUUGCCUGUUACGCGACCAGUGAAAGUCUACUUCAUAUCUACUCGAGGAGCAGUUACUUCACUUGCAUCUGUGGGAGACACUCUAAUCGCAGGUAGUUUAGAUGGAUCUGUUACUGUUAUCGUAGUCAAUGAACCAGCUUCAAAUUACGUUUGUUUGUACGGAAGAAAAUAUGGAGAAAACUGUGGUAUCGGCUUCAUGGAUCGUCGUGACCUUAUUAAUCAUGUGCUUAAUGAACACUUUAAAUUUGAAAGUAAUAAAACAGUAAUGUGUGGAUGGAGUUCAGGUCGUUGCAGGGUUCGAUUCACUGAAACACAAACUAUGAAGGUAAGUUAAACUGUAAUAUACAAGUGGCAUUUAAAAAUUAGAACCUCAAUCCAUGCAUCGGUCACACAGUUACGAACUCCAAUCAUAUUCGUUUCGAUACAUCGACAGUGCUGUCAGUUUUCAUCAGUCUAGUCAUCCCCUGAUAAAUAUAUUGACUGUUGCUAUUCUCAUGGAAUGUAGCUCUUAAAGGAAUACAGCUUAUUCCGAUUGGAGGAAAAAUGUUUCCUACUAAUUAUAUCACUCUGAGAUCAUUGUCACUUUACUUGAAGAUGUUAUAUUUUGAUUUCUAUUAUGUACAAAGUGAAACACUUCACAAAUAAAUGCAUCUAAUACAUUUUCCAGGUAGACUUCAAAUUUUUUCAUAGUGAUCUACUGAAUCUAUUUUGGCGUACUACAUCAUCUGUUAUAUCUAGUUUUUCUUAGGAUAAUAGGUCAAAAGCAUGGCUGAAUAAACCAACGAUUUCUACUGUUUCAGCAAUUAUUAUUGGUAUUCAUCGCUUGAUGUGUUGUGAAACCGAUAAAAACGAGUAUCAUUGUAACUUGAUAUAACCACAGUUUUGUGUUACUAGAUUUACUUAUGAUAAAAACGGAUACCCUACUGUUUUUUUUUGUAUUUAUUCAUUACUUAAGAAUUUUUAGAAUAGAAUAACCGAUACAUGAUACACUCGAACAAACUGAAUUUACAAUUUAUUUGUAUAAAUUAGAAUAAAGAUUACUACUGAACAGUAAUUCUUGUCAGCGAUAUGCAUCUUUCAUAACUUAAAACACUUUAUAUUUUUUUCAGUCCAUAAGCGAUCAUCUGUUAACUCACAUACCCGACUAAUUGAUUGUAUUCAGAAAAAAACGGCGAAUUCAAAUCAUUUUUAUUGUGGAUUUCUAUGUACAGCAGAAAAAAUUAUUGAACUUGGUUUCAUGUAUAUUCACAAUAAAAAAGUAGCAUUUUGUACAUUCUU